ACGUGGAUGGUAAACGUUAAGGCUCGAUAAGAAAGCCAUACCGUUUUGUUUGAACGGCCCAUAUAAGCAUAUCAGAAAAUCAGAACGAUUGUGUUUCUAUAUAGGAAACUGAUUUCAGCGUUAUGUGGAGCCGGUUGUUUAUUUUAUUAAUAACUUGGAACUCAUAUUUUCGGGUGGCAGAGUCUAAACGCAACGCAGAAUUAAACGGUGCUCAUUUAACAUUUGCCGUUUAUCAUAAUCCGCCCUACGACGUCCUGACUUUAAAACCCGAUGGGAACUACAGCCACAAAGGCUCCGGACCAACAUGGCAAAACUGGCUUGCUAAAAAACUUAACUUUACAUUCUCGUACCGCUACGUGAUUCUUAAUCAAACGACUAUCGAAAAAUACGGGGCGUCAGCUAUCGAGUUCGGCCUUCGUCUAACAGCCGACAAGGAAGUUGAUGCGUUCGUCAACGGACUGACUUCCACUCCGGAAAGGAAGAAAGUGGAUUUUUCGUACUUCAUUUGGACGGAGCCGUACGCGAUGGUGGUACCUCGACCAGGAGAAGAGCCUCGGCUCUUUGCAUUUGUGCGGCCAUUUCAACCACUAGUGUGGCUACUGAUUUUGAUAACUAUGCUCGCCGUCGUGUGUUUCAUGAGUUUCUUCUCGAAAUUCUCCUUGAAAAUGGAUGUUGCCGAACAUCGACAAGAGUCGGGACAAACACAAAUCAGGACAUUAUCCCAAUAUGCCAGUUCUUACUUUGUGUAUGUUUUGAACAUCAUAACCAAUCAAGGAGGAAACGUCAAUGGGAUACGUCUCUCGUUCCGCAUUCUUGUGGGUGUUUGGCUGCUCAUCGCCACUGUAUUGGUCAACAGUUAUUCGGGCACCAUAGUUUCGUACCUGACUGUACCAAAAAUAAAACCUUCCAUCAACACGUUCGAAGAUUUAGCCCUCAGCAAAGACGUUGAACUCAUUAUCAAGAAGGACGUUGUCAUUGGCCAACAGAUAUUGUCAGCCAAAUCAGGCACUUUCAAGAUUCUCGGUGACAGAACUCGAAAUAAUCCCGAACGUUUGCUGACAGAUCAAACGGAAAUUGACAACUUGUUAGCAAAAGGAGGUCAUGCUUUUCCAUGGAUUGUAUCGUUUUGCAAGUUUUUCAUUGCCGGCCAAUUAAAAAAGGAUGGGACCUGCCGUUUUGAAAUGACGGAUCCAGUGCCUUUUCAAACGGCCUUUUUCUCCAUCGUUCUCCAAAAGAACAGCAAGUUUACUCGAGCAUUUAACGAUGCCUUGAUGUUGAUGUGGGAAAGCGGGCAAAUUACCUUUUGGGUGACAAACGACAUUCCGCGAGCGCCAAAAUGCUUCGCUAAAAUAAACCCGCGCACGACUUUAACCCGCCAAGUUCCCAUUCAACUGAAGGAUCUGAUGAGUGCGUUUUUCAUUUUUGCUAUUGGUCAGGGCCUGGCAAUUUUAGCUUUCGUCGUGGAAAACGUGAUUCACUUCAGACGUGGCCACACGGUGGUUAUUCGUUAAAUGCGAAAUCCCACCAACAUCAGGUGCAUUUUGAGAUGAAUCGAUGGAGGCAAAACGCAAGGGUUUGCCAUUGGCGUGGCAUUAUUUUUCUUGAAAUUAAGAAGCUAUUCUUAUAUGGGAUUCUUCAAACAAACUGAUUAGUACUAAAAGAUUACACUUGAAUUUGUCAUUGUUUACACAAGAAGCGAUAAAUACACGCAGUCACUAUAGCAA